AACAAAUUGUAUGUGUGAAAGGAAUAGACUUUUUUGGUCAGCUCUGAAAUAAUUGCAAUCUGUCUGCAACAUUCUGCGAUCUGAUCUAAGUUAAACCAAAAUCAUAUUUUACUUUGGCAAGAUCUUGAUCUGGAAUCUUUUGUCAAAAGCUACUUAAUCUCCUUAGUUUGUAAUAAAUAUUAUAAAAAAACGUUUCUUUAUUUUUAAAAAAACAAAAAAUAAAACGUCUUCUAAUUAAUGCUCUUAAGUCACUCUCGUUCUCCAUAUAAACCAAGGUAUGUGAUCAAGUCUAAAACAUCCAUGAUCAAGAAGUGUAAAAUGAAGAAGCUUCUAUGGAGUUGGAUCAUUCUCUUCAACAUCCAUGUAAAUGGAAUGAUGAUGGAGUUUGAUGAAAUGGAGUGGUUCACAGUUUUCAAUGGAACAAAAGUGUUUCAGACUCAAAAUGAUGUUUUUUCUGAAGCUAAGUUUCCUAUGGUUGGACUCACUCUGAUUCAAUCUGCUGCUGCUAAAGGAGCUGUGUGUUUGGAUGGAAGUCUUCCCGGAUACCAUUUGCAUCGCGGGUUUGGUUCCGGAGCGAACAAUUGGCUCGUUCAAUUAGAGGGAGGUGGAUGGUGUGAUACCAUUAGAAAUUGUGUUUACCGUAAAACCACUCGUCGUGGAUCUUCUUCAUAUAUGGAGAAAGAGAUACCAUUUACCGGCAUUCUAAGUGAUAAAGCCGCGGAUAAUCCAGACUUUUAUAACUGGAAUAGAGUAAAAGUUCGGUAUUGUGACGGUGGAUCGUUUAGCGGGGAUAGCGAAAAUAAGGCUGCACAACUUCAGUUUAGAGGAAAGAGAAUUUGGUUAGCUGCUAUGGAAGAUUUGAUGGCAAAAGGUAUGCGUCAAGCUAAGCAGGCUCUGCUCUCUGGAUGUUCUGCAGGAGGUCUUGCGGUGAUUUUACGAUGUGAUGAUUUUGGGAAAUUGUUUCCUCCUUCCACCAGAGUGAAAUGUUUGAGUGAUGCUGGUUUCUUCCUUGAUGCCAUCGAUGUGUCUGGAGGUCGAUCUCUUAGACGAUUAUACGCCGGUGUGGUCAGAUUACAGAAUCUGCAAACCAACCUUCCUCAGUAUUGUGUAAACCGUCUUAAUCCCACUUCGUGUUUUUUCCCACAAAACCUAAUCAACCAAGUCAAGACUCCACUUUUUAUUCUUAAUGCUGCAUAUGAUUCUUGGCAGAUUCAAGAGAGUUUAGCUCCAAAAUCUGCAGAUCCAAGUGGAAGUUGGAAUGAUUGUAGACUUAACUACGCCAAGUGUAGUGCAUCUCAGAUCCAAUUCUUGCAAGGUUUUAGGACGCGUAUGGUGAAUUUGGUAAAAGGUUUCGCGAUGCCAAGUAAGAACGGUGUGUUCCUCAAUUCGUGCUUUGCUCAUUGCCAAACAGAGAGGCAUGACACUUGGUUCGCCCAAAACUCUCCAGCUAUUAAGAACAAGGGUAUUGCAGUAGCUGUGGGAGAUUGGUAUUUCGAAAGAGGAGGAGCAAAGCUCAUAGACUGUGCUUAUCCUUGUGACAAGACUUGUCACAAUUUGGUCUUUAGAAGAUAAAACUAGUUUUUCUUUGGUAUCACAAUGUAUUUUUUUAAGAAGCAUCCAUUUAUUUAUUCAGGCAACACAAUGAAAUGAAAUAAAACCCAUUUGAUAAC